AUGUUCAAUAAGGAGAGUAUUGUGUCCAUGAUGCGUGCCAGAGGAACUGCAGGGUAUAUCGUGCCUGAAGUAUUCAGUAGGAAUUUUGGUAGAGUGUCUCAUAAAUCUAAUGUCUAUAGUUAUGGAAUGUUGGUUCUCGAAAUGGGAGGAGGAGGAAAGAAUGUUGUUCCUAGAGUGUCUCACGCUGGUGAAACAUACAUUCAUUAUUGGAUUUAUGAAGAUAUGGAAUUGGGUAAAGAUUUAGGACUCUUGGGAGUCACAACAGAGGAAGAAAAAGAAAUAGCAAGGAAGUUGCUAUUAGUGAGCUACUGGUGCAUUCAGACAAAUCCAUUAGAUCGACCACCAAUGAGUAAGGUUGUAGAUAUGCUGGAAGGAGACCUUCAACAUGUCCAGAUUCCACGAAAGCCAUUCUUGUACAGCCUUAUGUUUGGUUUCUUUCAGUUCGAUAUCCCAGGGAUGGCAAAUGAAUUGAAUGUCGAUCCCGGUUGA